AUGAAUUAUACUUCAGUUAAUAAAAUAAGAUUAUGGGUUCUUAUAGUAUUUCUCAUCUUAUAUAAUAUUAAAUGUAUAUGCGAAAAUAUAAGUGACUUAAAAAAAAGACUAUGCUUUAAUAAUUUUUCGAAUUCGAAAAAAAAAAUAAAAAAAAAAUGGCUAGCCAAAAAAAAAAAAAAUUAUUUGACCAUAUGGAAAAACAAAACAUAUACCACAAAAAGGAGAAAUGGUUAUGGAAAGAUUGAGUACAAAAGAGAGGAGAAUAAGAAGGAUGAUUAUAAUUUUAUGAAUACUUCUUUAUAUUUAAAUUAUAUUUCAAAUGUGAAGAAUUUUUUAUUUAAUAAAAAUAAUAAUAAAAAAAAUAAAAUAUAUUAUCAUAAGUGUAAAAAGUCUAAUAUUAUUGAGGCAAAAAUAAAUGAUAAUGAUACUUUGCUCUCUGAUGAAGAGUUCAGGAAUGACGUGGACAGAAAUGACAAGGAAUAUUAUAAUAUUAAAAAAGAAUAUUCUGAAAAUGUGUGUAAUCAGAAUAGAAUAAAUGAUUUAUCAAAUUGUUCUGUAUCAUCAAAUAAUAAUAUUUUAAAUGAAUGUUCUAGUGAAGUAAAAAAAGAAAUGAAUUAUCCAUUACAUAAUGAAUUGUACGAUAAUUUAAAUGAUAAUACGAUUGGACAUUUAAAAUCUGAAAAAUGCAAAGAAAAAUAUAUUCGUAAUUUCUGCAUCUUGGCACAUAUCGAUAGUGGUAAAUCUACAUUAGCUGAUCGAUUUUUAGAACUUACAAAUACAAUUAAAAAAAAAAGGAUGCAAGAACAAUUUUUAGAUAUGAUGUGUUUAGAAAGAGAAAAGGGUAUAACAAUAAAAUUGAAAGCUGUAAGAAUGCAUUAUAAUAAUUAUGUAUUUAAUUUGAUUGACACUCCUGGACAUUUCGAUUUUUAUCAUGAAGUAAAAAGAUCGUUAAAUGUGUGUGAAGGCGCAAUCCUUUUAAUUGAUGGAGGUAAAGGUAUACAAUCACAAACCUUAAAUAUAUUUUUUGAAUUAAAAAAACAUGAUAUAAAAAUAAUACCCGUUAUUAAUAAAAUAGAUUUAAGUACAUGUUUAUAUGAUAAAAUAAAAGAUGAUUUGAUUAAUAAAUUUAAUUUUAAAGAAAACGAAAUUUUGAAAAUUUCAGCAAAAUAUGGUAAGAAUGUAAAAAUGUUAUUUCAAAGAAUUAUUAGUGAUAUCCCCCCACCAAUAAAUACCAUCAAUAGCUUUUUUAGAGGUGUUGUUUUUGAUUCUUUUUUUGAUCAAUAUAAAGGGGUCGUAUUAAUUAUUAAAGUUCUUAAUGGAGAAUUAAGAAAAAAAACAGAAAUCUUUUUUAUUAACAGUGCAAAGAGUUAUAUUAUACAAGAAGUUGGAUAUCUAGUCCCGGAGAUGAAGCCUACGGAUGUUAUAUCUCAAGGGGAUAUAGCAUAUGUAUGUUCAAAUAUAAGAAAUUGUGAUGAUAUUCAAAUAAGUGAAACUAUAGUAAAUAAAGAUAUUAUUAAGAAAAAUAAUCAUAAUGAGUUUGUUAUCAAUUUUAAAAAGAUAAACCUUGGAAGGGACAAAAAUAUUAUGCAGCGUUUAAGUGAUGAGGGUAAACAAUAUUUGACCCAUCACAAUAAAGGGGAAAUAAAAGGUGAUGAAAAUGGACAAGUAAAAUGUGAUGAAAAUGGACAAGUAAAAUGUGAUGAAAAUGGACAAGUAAAAUGUGAUGAAAAUGGACAAGUAAAAUGUGAUGAAAAUGGACAAGUAAAAUGUGAUGAAAAUGGACAAGUAAAAUGUGAUGAAAAUGGACAAGUAAAAUGUGAUGAAAAUGGACAAGUAAAAUGUGAUGAAAAUGGACAAGUAAAAUGUGAUGAAAAUGGACAAGUAAAAUGUGAUGAAAAUGGACAAGUAAAAUGUGAUGAAAAUGGACAAGUAAAAUGUGAUGAAAAUGGACAAGUAAAAUGUGAUAAAAAUAAAGGAGAGAUAAAAUCAUUUCAAUAUAAUGAAGUAAAAGUUGAUGAAAGAUAUGAACGAAAUAAAGAAGAAAUAAUAUAUGAUCAUGAACAUAAAAAGGAAGGAAUAUUUAAUAUUCAUAAAAAUGAUGACCUUAUAAAGGAAAAUAUAAAAGAAAAAGAAAACUUUUCUUGUAGUAUCCAAGGAAAUGAUAAUGCCAUUCCCAUUUUGAAAAAAACUGAUAUUAAUAUAAAAAGCAUUGCUGCUAACAAAAUAGAAGCAUCGUAUCCAUCUGUUUAUUGUAACAUUUAUUGUGUGAAUGAUAAGAAGUCCAAUGAAUUAGAAAUGUCAUUAAAUAAAUUAAAAUUAAAUGAUAGUUCUUUUUCUUUUAAAAAAUAUAUAUGUGAAACAUUAGGUAAAGGUUUUAAGUGCGGAUUUAAUGGUUUAUUACAUUUAAAUAUAAUUCAAGAAAGAAUAAAAAGAGAAUAUAAUAUUGACACUAUCGUAACAGCACCAUCUGUUAAUUAUUUAAUAAGAGUAAAAGAAAAAUAUAUGGAUAAAAGAUUAAAAGAAAAAUUACUUGAAAAGAAUUUUGAUAUACAAAAUAUGCAUAUUGAACAAAUGGAUAAAACCUCCUCUGAUGAUUGUUUCUUUUUUAUGACAAGUAAUGUUAAUGAUAUUCCAACAAAAAAUGUAGUACAUUCUAUUUAUGAACCAUAUGUUAAAACUAAUAUUAUAACACCAGAAAUUUAUCAGAAAUAUAUAAUGAAUGAAUGCUUUAAAAGAAGAGGCAUCUUUAUUAAAAAAGAAAUUAUGAAUGAUCAAAUUAUUUUUUUAUUUGAAAUGCCUUUAUCAGAAAUACUUAUUAAUUUUCUAGAUCAAAUAAAAUCAUCUACUAAAGGAUAUGGAUCUAUGAGUUAUGAAAAUAUUAUUAUUUAUAAACCUAGUGAAUUAUAUAAAAUUCAUAUAUAUAUAAAUAAAAAGAAAAUAGACUCUUUAUCUUUUUUAGCACAUAAACGAAAUUAUGAGGACAAAUCAAGAAAACUUGUAUCCAAAUUAAAAACUUUAAUUAAUCCUCAUCAAUUCCUUAUUAUCAUACAAGCAGCAUUAGAAUCCAAAAUUUUUGUUUCUGAAAAAAUUAAACCUCUCAAAAAAAAUGUAACAGCCAAAUGUUACGGUGGAGAUAUUACAAGAAGAAGAAAAUUGAUUGAAAAGCAAAAUGAAGGAAAGAAGAAGAUGUUUGAAAUUGGAAAGGUCAAAUUACCUCCUAAUAUUUUUACUAAGCUCUUUGACAUAAAGAGUGAAUAA